UCAACAAGUGGCCCGUACGAUCAGCUUAGAAGUUUGGAAAAGAGCUGAGCACAGUUAAGUACAAGACAGAAACGGGGCGGGAAGCCCUGUCGCGGGUACAGCAUGAAAGUGGAGUAGAAUAAUUGCCUUUUCGGGAAGUAGUUGCGAUUUCUUGUCGCGACCGCAAGAGAAGGCCCUCUACUGGGGAAGGACGGAAUAGAAGAAAGGAAGACCAGAAAGGUGAUGGAGAAGCGGAAGGGACUCGUACUACGAAGGAGAAGAGAAGAUAAAAAAGCGGCUGCAAAGAAAGCAAUCAAAGACACGGCAGGCAAUGUUUAGAGCACGCUGGUUGAAGGAAAGCGCAGAACGGACGGUGCAGUGCAUGCGGGCGACAAAUAAAAGCUGUGGCGCCAAGAGAACACUGAUCACAGUGGGAGGAGGAGCUAGAGACUGCAAGAGAGCGUCAGUGCGUAACACUUUUGGAAGGACCGAGAGUUGGACAAAGCAGGUGCGGUUCAACUCGAUCACUUCGAGUACGGACGGCACGACGGUGCCGGAGGACGUGGCAAAGCUGAGCAUCGACGACUACCACACGCACGCGGAGGCGACGUUUGAGCAGGUAUUGGAGGAGUUAGACGCCUUCUUCGAGGAGCAGCGGAUCAUGGAGGCGGAGGUUGACGAAGAGGCUGGUGUGAUGGAGAUCAACUGCUCUGAGGGGACGUAUGUGAUCAACAAGCAGCCGCCAACGAAGCAGAUUUGGCUGAGCUCGCCCAUCAGCGGGCCUAAGCGGUUUGACUACCAUGCUGGGCAGUGGGUCUGUUUACGGGACGGAGUCAAGCUCGCAGACCUACUGCAGACCGAAAUGAGCCAGAUGUACGGCGAGUUCAAGUGGACUAAGCCCUUCUAAGCCGUCAGCCAGAGGCGUUUCACAAGAGCCGGAUGUGGGGGAGGACGCCUCCCCGAAUCUAUUUAUUCAUACCAAGAGCCACAACCUUUAUAAACAGUCUAGUAUUUUGAACUAUAAAUAAUCUAAGA